GCUACCCUCCCCCUAAGCAGACCAGGUUUUCCCAGCUUAUGAGGGGGAGCAGAGAGCCUUCUACCAGAGAAAGCGGAGAAGGCCUCCUCUGUGCUCUGUCCUGAUACUUGGCGUGCCCCCACCGUCCCUCCUUGGAUGGGGACCCCACUCCCCUCUCCUGACUCUGGCUUCCCUCCACAGCAGGGAGAACAGCUGCUCCUAUCAGAGUCCCCAGUCCAUGCCAUGGAGACAGAUCCUUCCCCUGACCUCUGAGAUUCCCCAGUGCGCCGGUUGCAACCAGCACAUCCUGGAUAAGUUCAUCCUGAAGGUCCUGGACAGACACUGGCACAGCUCCUGCCUCAAGUGUGCAGACUGCCAGAUGCAGCUAGCUGACAGGUGCUUCUCCAGGGCCGGGAGUGUCUACUGCAAAGAAGAUUUUUUCAAGCGCUUUGGCACAAAAUGCACAGCGUGCCAGCAGGGCAUCCCCCCGACCCAGGUGGUUCGCAAGGCUCAGGACUUCGUCUAUCACCUGCACUGCUUUGCCUGCAUCAUCUGCAACCGGCAGCUGGCCACGGGGGACGAGUUCUACCUUAUGGAGGAUGGCCGGCUAGUGUGCAAGGAAGACUACGAGACAGCCAAGCAGAACGAUGACUCGGAGGCUGGGGCGAAGCGGCCGCGGACCACCAUCACGGCAAAGCAGCUGGAGACACUAAAGAAUGCAUACAAGAACUCCCCAAAGCCUGCCCGGCAUGUGAGGGAGCAGCUCUCCUCCGAGACAGGCCUGGACAUGAGAGUGGUACAGGUUUGGUUUCAGAACAGAAGGGCCAAGGAGAAAAGGCUGAAGAAGGACGCGGGGCGGCAUCGUUGGGGGCAGUUCUACAAGAGCGUCAAGAGGAGCCGGGGAGGCAGCAAGCAGGAGAAGGAGAGCUCAGCAGAGGACUGUGGGGUUAGUGACAGUGAGCUGAGCUUCCGAGAAGAUCAAAUACUCUCAGAGCUUGGCCACACCAAUAGGAUUUAUGGCAACGUGGGGGACGUUACAGGCGGACAGUUAAUGAAUGGGAGCUUCUCCAUGGAUGGGACAGGACAAUCCUAUCAGGACUUGAGGGAUGGGAGCCCCUAUGGAAUCCCCCAGUCUCCAUCCUCCAUAUCGUCCUUGCCAUCCCAUGCUCCUUUGCUCAGUGGGCUGGAUUACACAGUGGACAGUAAUCUGGGCGUCAUUGCCCAUCCAGGGCAGGGAGUAAGCCAGACACUGAGAGCCAUGGCUGGGGGGCCCACCUCUGACCUCUCGACAGGAAGCAGUGUAGGCUACCCUGAUUUUCCAACUAGCCCAGCCUCCUGGCUUGAUGAAAUGGACCAUCCUCCUUUUUAGACCUUCCUUGCCACCUUACUUGUCCUGGCGGGAGAGAAUGUCUUCAAGGAUCAAAAAUACGCCAAUGUGAAUUUCCAUUAUUUUCAAUGGAAGGCCUCGGCCGAUUCCUAGGAGGUGGAGACCACACUAGGAUGCUGCUUUCUUGGGAAGAGACAGGAGAGCGGCCUCAUCUCUACCACAGCACAGGGGUGGACAGCCUAGGACUCCAAGGAUGCUGGCUUGUUGGCUCCCUCCCUUCCCACCCUGCUUACAGGCUUUGGCUGCUCAGCGCUUGGACAGCACCAGGUGACCGUGACAGGCCACCUUGGCCUUUGGGAACUCUGCUCCAGCUGGUACAUUUCUCACUUGGCCUCCCUAAUCACCCCUCUCACCAGAAUCAGGAUUCCUGAGGGAGAGGCACCAUGGUCCCCUGAGAAUAAUAAAAUGGUUUCUGGACCUCCUUGAUUACACCUUAAUUUUCAAAAUAAAGUCAGUUAUUAAAGGCUAGUAAAAACACCACGGCCAGUUUGAUAUUUAAAAAAAAAUGACCCCAUCCCAUUCUGUUUGCUGCUGUGAAAAUAAUGACUCUUUUCCCUACCUGCAAACGUAACCCAGAGUCAGUCUGGGUUUAAAAAAACAUCCUGUCUAUAUUGUUGAACCCCUGAUGGCAAGAAAUGGCUUCCACUGCAAGUGACUCUCACGGAGCCGAGUGACUCUGGAUCUUCCCACAGAGUCUGAUGAGUCCCCUUGGUACACAGUGCCUUUUAAUUUGCUCCCCUAGACAGGCUGAGGGCCACGAAAUGAUCAACGCUAGCCCACACAGACCAGAAUGACAAUCAGUGAAGACAUUUAUAGAUACGCUUGGAUCCCCAACACGAGGUCUGUUUAGCCACACUCGGAUGUCAGUCUUCCCCCACCUCCUGGUUUUGUGAUAGGGCAGAAGUAAGCCGGGAGAGUCCACAGUACUCUGAGAGAGUUGGCUUUGAUGAGUUUGCAAGGCUAUUUUCUCUUAAAACAAUGGCUUCCUCUGCCGCACUAGCUGAUUCUGUUUUUGUUACUUCCAGGGACCAACCAAACUUUUCUUUUUCUGGUUUGUUUUGUUUUGUUUUGUUUUGUUUCGGAAGAAUAACAGAGUUUUCUAGUUGGACUUGUGCCAUACUGCAGGCUCCAGCCCUGUACCUAGAAAGCCCCAGCUCUCUGGCCAGCCCCAAGGCAGGGACCCUCUGCCUGCAAGGUUGGCAGUUACUGCUUUACUAAACCUGCAGUAGGGAGCCCAGCCUGGCUCUCAGUCUGUCACCAAGGCUGCACCUCUGGUAGACACUGCUGUGAGUGGUGGCAACUGCCAUUGGCGUGGCCCAUUUCAGGUGCUCCGGUUCCAAAAUGGGGUCUUAGUCAGCUGGAAUUCAUUCCCACCUCCUCAGGAAACUGGUUGAUUUCUUCUGGCCUCACAUUCUUUUAAACAAGACCUGAGAGGAAGGAAAAGGGGAGAGGGCAUUGCCUUUCUUUUACAUGAAGUGAUGAGACCAAAGGCCCAAGGACCCCCAACCCUCGCCCUAUUUUUCCUGUCAGUCAGUCAGCCAUAUUUUGAGGGUUUGAGGUGGCAGGGGGAUGAGAGGAAGAAACCCAUUUCUUCUUUGGCUGCUGUCUUUUCUGCAAGCCUCUUUCAAAGCUCAGUUCAGUUAAACGUAUUCAUUGGACAAGUUUCCUGCUCAGCUCUGUAGUAGUGUUUUGGUGGGCCGGUCUUGCUUUUCUUUGGAGAGUACAAACUCAGACUUCUUUCUUGAGAUCUCUUCUGUAAGUGAUGAUAUCCACAAGUCAGUGCUAACAGAAUUCCCCAAAAAUGUGAAUGCUGGGGCGGGGGGCAAUGGAGAGACAGAUGCAAGAUAACAGGACAUGUGAAGAAACACCAUAAACACCCCAUUCUCAGCAGAGCCGAUAACACACAGGAACAAGACAGGCUGGGCCCUCUAGGUGAAAGGCUGCCCGAGGUGGCCCCUGCCUCAGUUCGACUGGACUGUCGGUUGGUGUCUCCUGGCUUUGUGUCUUUGAACAUUGUUGAUUGCAGUUGAUUGGGUUUUGGUUUUGUAAAUGAGUUAAUUAUACUCUCGACUCAGUAAUGGGAGGACGGAGGCUGUUCUCACUCAUGCUAACACGAGUGUCUUGAGGAAGUUGGUGAGCACCGCUGUGAUGUUGGUAGACGCUUCUUGGGUUUCUUUGGAGGUCAUUGGGCUGGCAGGGCUCUUAGGAUAGCACUGGGUAGGAGGCUCUGAGGGCUUUAAAUUCUGUUCAGAGCCAGCUCUCCUGAGGGCAGCACACUCUGGGACCCGUUUAGAAGCACAGCCACUACAGGGCUCAGAUUUUAAGUGGAUCUCCCUGCAAGUUCUGUUCAGACUACGGCUGGGCUGGUAUCCCAGUGGGCACUGCAUGCCAAGACCUACGGCUUGCCUGUGGGUCAAGAUGGAGAACGGAAAUGCUUCCUUAGGAGGGUCUACACUACGAUACCAGGUGCCCUCUGAUAGCCUUUCCCUCCUAGUCUUGGAGGAAAGAUGAUUUCAAAACACGAAGUGUGACCUUGUAGAGUCACUUACAGCAUUUGGGCCCAGCUUUGGCUCUAAGACUUAAUUGAUACAUGUUAGGGCAUGUUCAUCAGACCUCUGAACACUGGGACAAAAUUAAAAAUUAAGUUAAAAAGAAUCCCAUUUCCAGGGCCAUCUGGAUUAGGCAAGGGUGGAGGCAGAAUAAGUCUGAAGAAGUCUUUCUCCAGAAAGUGGGAAGGUAAUCAAAAUGGCCAAAAUGUCAAACCCCACGGCUGCUGGUCAUUUGGGCCGGUGAUCUUGGUGAAGUCUGUGAGUGCAGGUCCAUUUCCCUCAGGCCCCUUCUGCUGGUUAUAAUGUGAGGUGAACACCAGGGACCAUAUUGAGAAAUUGGUACCCGCUAAUUAAUACAGUCAAGCCACAGGGAGAGACCAAAAUUAAGACCCGAGAAAAGCACUGGGAGGUGUGGCCUGAAGAUCUUCUGCCCUUAAAAAACAUAAAAUCUAGUAAGAUAAUUGAGGGCUUUUAGCUCAUCCUUAUUAAGCCCAAUUUGCAAGAACACGUGUAAAAGAAAGAAACCUGUAGAAGGAAGAAAGGCCAGUCCCACACGUGAUGCGCUCAGGCUGAGGCCGUGGGGCCAGGAAGGGUGCAAGGCUUCUCAGCUGGGGCUUGUACCACAGUCUGCCAUCCUGCGUCCCCACACAGGCCCUCCCGCACCCCAGUACCGACCCCUAGCUCUAACCAUGGCAAAGAUGACCAUACCUCCUCAGCCAGCGGGGGCCGGAGGCUCAUUUUUUGACGGUGCACUUUAAAAAUUGGAAACAGUGAGAUGAGAUGAAGAAAAAUUCAAUUAAGCGGAAAUGAGUUUUGUUUUAUUGCCUGCUGCUGAAGGGCUCUGGGCACGCUGAAAGCUAAAUAAAAGCACACCACUGGCUCUCUCUUUCUUGGAUUGGUCAAGGGCCCCCCACCCCUCCUUUUUUUUUUUUUUUUUGCAAUCGUUGCUCCAACUGCUCUACCAGUGACUGGAGCCAAAGAGAGAGAGAGUCCAGCAAAGCCAUCCCAUCCCCACUCUGCUUGUUAGGACCACACUAAAAGCACAGAUUCAUGCUGCUAGCUCGGGUGAGCGGACAGCUGCAGGUGUGGGAGGGGCACCAAGCGUUCCUUCGAUUAGUGAGGCAGAACACAGGUGGACAGAGCCAGGCCACCUCCCCUCCCACCUGACGUUGCCACCUACAGGCAGGGAUCACGAGGGACUUUCCUGUGUGAGGAGGACGAUGUAUCCGGUCAGAGGCGCAGGUUCAGGGCCACAGGACCCCCGAUGCUGCUCUGAGCUCACACUUAAGACCUCAAAGUCCCAGAUCUCCUAGGCAUCGGAUUGUCGCCCCAUCCUCCAUGGUGUAAAUUUUGUACAGUUAAAAAGAAACGAAGUUGCAUUUCCUGGCAAAAAGAGAAGAAAAGGAAAAAAAAAAAAGCACCCACCCCUCCUUAUUUAUUGCCAUGUGACUUUGGAGAGCCCGACUGGUGCGUCUGUUUGUAUAUGCCUCCUGUGUGCUGGCAUGAGAUGUGUAUGGUAAAACUGUAAAAUAAAGAUGGAGAUUCUUUAGAA